AUGGCCUGCUUCAAUUACAAUGGGGAUACAGUUGACUUAGAAAAUGCCAAAUUCUGCAACAUCACCGUGCAAUAUACCCAUCCCGGCUACAAUGAUACCAUCACCGUCGAGGCCUGGCUUCCCGCCUCUGUCCCCGCCCAAUCCUUCACCAAAUUUACUUCCACCCUUUGCUAUCCUCUCUUGAUGCGCGUCUGGCACAACGUGGACCCGCUAGUCUGCGAACUGGACUUUCUGACAAAUGAGGCCAUCGCCUACUAUGACCCCCGGAACGGGGUGGUGGAUGGGCUUAUCUCUAAUAUGGGUGGCAGUAACUACGACCCUUAUACCACCGUGAAGAAGACUUUCAUCUGUGACUCCUUGAACCGCACAAUUGCGCUCAGUCAAGGCGCCGCGCUCAUCACCAAUGCCGCCUGCUCAUUGGCCACCGCCGUGAAAGAUGAGUGGUUCAAUCUGUUUGUUGCGAGAAAUAUCAGCUUCAACACGGCCGGCUUGAGCCACGAGGAGUACGAGGAGUUUUUCAACCUCAUCACUCCCGAAUAUGGCAGCUACUGGAACGCAAACAAUACAGACUUGCACGCUUUCAAGAACGCUGGAGGCAAGCUUCGCACAUAUGAUGGCAUGUCUUACGAAUGGAACUCACACAUCGCGCUUUCGCCCAGCAGGCCGAUCCAAGUAUCCUCACCAAGGGUACAGUACAUGUCCAAUAAAUCCCGGGUGCUCUUCCCAGACAACCAUGACUUCUGGCGCUUUUUUGAGUCCUCGGGUCUGGGGCACUGUGCCGGCGGCCUCGGCGGCCAGCCCACCACCGUCCUCAAGGCUCUCCAGCGCUGGGUCGAAAAUGGUAUUGCCCAGAAACCUUGCCCGUAUCCUUGCCAGAUUGAAUACAUUGGUGGCAAUAUCACCUUGGCUGAGAGCUUCCGUUGCACCCAAGCAAUAUGGACGACACGACCACUGAGGCUGUUGUGGCUGGUCUUUGCACCAUCGACUUAA